CCGAGAAGCCGUGGUGUUCUAUUUGCAAUUUUCACGGUGCUGCCGCCUUUCCUCAAGUCCCACCUCCGCUUCCGCCUCACCGGAGCCCGGAUCUGGCGCGCGACCGCGGCCUCCUCACCGCUCGGCGCCCAUCGCUCAUCGACGGCGGAGCAGUAUUCCAUUGGAAGAAGCAAUGUCUGGAGUAAUAAUUAAGUUCACCGUUACAUCGAUGUUCAUGUGGAUGGCCCCAGUCGCAAUUAUUUAUGGGUUCUACCACCAGAUUUUUCCAGGUAUUAGUGAGCUUUCAUCCUCAGCACGAACUCUGGCCAGUGGGUUCCUUGCUGUCAUAUCGGUUAAUAUUGUGAUUGGCUUCUACAUAUACUCCGCGAUGAUGGAGACUCCCUGUCAAGAGCCACAACCUGAUGCAACCUUCUUAGAGAAUGCUAAAGCAAGUAUUAACCAUCCAGCAUCUUCUCAAGUCAGUGAUGAUUCCAAGGGGAAGGGGAAGGUGGAGUAGGCAGUAACACAACUUGACUUGGGUUUUCUUUCCACUAUACACAUGUUGUUCAGAAUCAGUUGUGUCAUGUGCAUAAAGCAACAUCACAGCCUUUCAUUAGAUGCACUGCUAUCAUUUUUGAAAAGUAGGAAGGCAGAACAUAAUAUUCCGUAUGUUUAACUCUGUGCUUGCCUGAGCUCGUAGUGAACAAUGUGUCCUUGCUAGAGGAGUUUGUUUACAAACCUUAACUAGUGAAUUUAUGUUCUCUCCCUGAAACAACUAUCUCUCAUAUCGUUGUUGUGUAUUCUUUUGGUGACUGGUCGCUGUUGAAUAUAUUAUGUUGAUUAUCAUUGGAAGGGAAA